UUCCUUCAUAAUAAAGCGAGUGCUGCCCAGAGAGAGAGAAAGCAGUUUUUUGUUUGUGCUGGAAUGUGCAGCUUAAUUUAGUUUCUCAAGGAGCUGAGAGCUUGAAAAGCACGCCGACGACGGGAUGUGGGUCCAACAUGAGGACAGUGCAGCUGCAGAGUCUGAUGAAGAGAGCAGUUUGUCUUCUGAAGAUCAGGGAGACGUUCAGUAUGAGUUCCUGGAAAAGCAGCGGGAUGAAGCCAAUGAGAGACUGUCUGAGCUGGAGGAAGUGUCCAAUCAGCUCUUGAAGGAGAUCAAUGUGCUGGAGCUCCAGUUCCAGAUUGAAAGAUCUUGUAGGGAGAGUGCUGAGGCGCUGGCUGUCAAGGUGACCAAGGAGAACAAAGUCUUGAAGAGGAAGAGCCAAAUGCUGAUGCCGCUCAUCCCCGAGCUGCCUGAAAACCUGGCUGCUCUGACCUUUGACCCCGAGAUUGACCCCACAGUUAACGGUGAUGUGGUUGAUCUCGGUGAGGACAGUGUUGGCGGUGAGGGGACGCAGCUGCUGGAGAGCCAAGUCAAGCUCGCAGAGCUGCAGGCGUCAGUGGACGGUCUGCUGGCUGAGAAGCUGCAGCUGGAGCUAGAAGUAGAGGAUCUGACCAAACAGCUGGACCAACUGAGAGAGCAGCUAGCUCUGGAGGUUGCAGAGAAAGAGGCCAUGCUGAGGAAAAUGAGCAAACAGAGCAAGACCAUGAAUAAAUUCAAACGAGUCUCCCAGCUUGUCACAGAGGAGUUCACAGAAAUGUCUCAGAGACUGGAGUUGGAGGAGGACCUCCGGCAGCAAGCAGAGGUCUUUGCCCACCAGAUGUUGGUGCAGCAGACGGUGGCCAACGGGCAGAGCUCAGAGACCGGCCUGCAGCUGCAGCAGGCGCUGGAGCAAAUAGCCAACAUCGGCACAGCCCUGAGUGAUAUACAGCACUACUACCAGGACCAGGUAAAACAGAGUCAGAGCGCUGAGGAGGAGAGCGGCGUCCUCUCUGAGCUGCAGAGCCUGAAGGAGCGGCUGGAGAAGAGUGAAGUGGAGAGAAAGGUCUUGGAAACUCAGCUGUCUGAGGCGAACAGCACCGUCACACAGCUGCAGGAAGAAGUGAAACAGUUACAACAAACAUUGAAGAUGGAGGAUACGACUGAUGAACAAGUGGAGGAAUCCACUCCGGCUCCUCCGGCUCCACCUCCUCCUCCUCCUCCUCCUCCUCCUCCUCCCACUACUGUAAUCAAUUUCCAGGAUUUCCUGAGGAGCAGGAGGAAAGACAGUAAAGGUGACCCAAACAAACCAGCACCCUUGUUGGACAUUAAGGCGAAAGCGGUGGAUGAAAUGAUGGAGAGAAUAAAGAAAGGCAUCACCCUGAGGCCCAUGAAGAGAGUACAGGAGGAUGGCAACUCAUGGAAGGACCAGACAAGUGAAAACAGAAAAUCAGCUGUUCUGGAGUUGAAAGGGAUGCUGGACAACAUGAAACGUCAGCACCACCGCAGAGUGCCGUCCAGGAGGGGCCGACAUGUUGGGGAGGCAGAGCUAAUGCAGGUGCUCCAGAGGAGGAGGAGGGCGAUGGGGGAGAACCAGGACCCGUCCGCCUCAAGCCAAACACAGGACCCCCAGCCAGGUGCACAGUGCGUCCCAGCAGCAAGAGACGUUCCCUGGGCAGGUGAGAGCGGCAGCGCUCCUGUGCUCCGGAGGCUGAAACAGAACAGGCAGAACAGGGACUCUCGUAUCAGAGCAUCAGCUCUGAUCAUCGGCCAAGAGAACUGAGAUCAGUACAACGCUUUUUGUCUUUCAACAUCACUGCAUUUGUCAUUGCUGUUUUAUAUGAUGAUGAACUGCAGAAGUGUUUAUUGACCUAAAAGGAUGUUUUUGUAUUUUAUAUUUUUUUACUGUGACUUUGAUCUAAAAGCAAUCCAUCAUAUCUUUGCACUGAAUUACUAUUUGAAAGCACUGCUUCUGUGAUCCCUUACAAUAAAAUGUUGGGCAACCAUU